GUUGCCAUGAGAUAAUAGUGAGCCUCUCCUAUACUUGGAGAGAUACUGUAGGUUAUAUGACUGGCUCUUGGCAACACACCAGUUUUUAUGUGACAAGAAAGGCAAGGAAAACACAGGCUUUAUUUAGACAGGCUUGAGUCCUUGAUUACAGAAUGGAUUCAAUCUUUUCUGUACUUGGAUCCUAUAUUAACUGGGAUGUCAAAGGUCUGCUGCUCUUCACUGUAGUCUUCAUCCUCACUACAGAUUAUAUUAAGAACCGUCGGCUGGGAAGCUUCCCUCCAGGGCCCCGGGCAUUUCCUAUCCUGGGCAACAUAUUCACUGUGGAUUACAAAAGGACCCAUGAGAGUCUGACACAGUUAGCUGGGAGAUAUGGAGAUGUGUACAGCCUUCGAUUUGGUCAGAAAUGGAUGGUGGUGUUAAACGGGUUCGAGGUUCUGAAAGAAGCUCUGGUUAAUCAGGGAGACAGCCUGGUAGACCGCCCAGUGCUCCCGCUGGUGGAGGACACAUCCCAUGGACAAGGUGUAAUUUUCAGUAAUGGGAAUAUAUGGAAGCAGCAGAGGCGUUUUGCACUUUCAACCCUCAAAUAUUUUGGAUUUGGCAAGAAGUCACUUGAACCCAUCAUCUUGGAUGAAUUUACAUAUUGUGCAAAAGACUUCAAUAGCCAUAAAGGUAAGCCCUUCGAUCCACACCUUGUCAUCAACAACGCUGUCUCCAACAUCAUCUGCUCCCUGGUUUUUGGGCAUCGCUUUGAAUAUGGUGAUGAGAAGUUCAUGAAACUGAUGAAGUGGUUUGACAAAGUUCUCGAAAUCCAAGCCUCCAUUUGGGCACAGUUUUACAACUCCUUCCCUCUGGUGAUGAGACGUUUGCCAGGGCCUCAUCAGACAGUCCUCCACAUGUGGAACAGUGUAAAGGACUUCAUAAGGGUAGAGCUUAAGGAGCACAAACAGAACUGGGAUCCCUCCGAUAAAAGAGACUAUAUCGACUGCUACCUGAAGGAGAUUCAGAUGAGUAAGGGGCAGGCUGACAACACUUUUGAUGAGGAAAACCUGGUUGCGUGUGUCAUGGAUCUGUUUGUGGCUGGAUCUGAGACCACUUCCACCACCCUGCGCUGGGCUUUCCUCUACAUGGUAAAGUACCCAGAGAUCCAGGCAAAGGUCCAGGCCGAGAUAGACGGAGUGAUUGGACAGUCCAGACAGCCGUCCAUGGAAGAUCGUAUCAACCUGCCUUACACGGACGCUGUCAUACACGAGGCCCAGAGGAUGGGCAACAUAGUUCCUCUCAGUCUGCCUCAUGAUACCAACAGGGACAUCCAGCUGGGAGGCUACACAAUCCCAAAGGGAGUUACAAUAAUCCCCAAUCUGACCUCGGUGCUGUUUGACAAGAAUGAGUGGGAGACGCCCAACACCUUUAACCCAGGACACUUUCUGAACGAGGAGGGCAAGCUUGUGAAGCGAGCUGCUUUCAUCCCCUUUUCUGCUGGUAAGCGGUUGUGUCUCGGGGAGAACUUGGCCAGAAUGGAGCUUUUCCUCUUCUUCACCUCUCUGAUGCAGCACUUUAACUUCUCCAUGCCUGCUGGGGUGAAGCCUGUGAUGGACUUUCGCUUUGGCGUCACUAUGGCACCAGUUCCAUAUGAAAUCUGUGUAACAUCCCGCUGACGUAAAAAAAUGUUGAAGCAAUAUGUUUUUUUUCUGUCUUCACCACUCAGGAUUACAGUCACUGUGACCGGGUUUGUUGAAUAUAUCAAACUGAUAUUUGGCUUAUAGAUGACAUGUCAUUAGGUCCACUGCAGAUAUCUCUUUCGGUCUACAAAACUCUGAUAUAGAUGGUUAAUUUGCACAACUUGCAUUUUUUUGUUUAAUUGCAUUUUUUUUUCCAGUUGACUCCAAACCAUGGCUGUAUGACCUCCAACUUUUAAACCUAUAGUUUAAUUAAUUAAGUCUCUUUUGAAUUUCAGAAUACUAGCAGCAAUUUAAUAAGCACCUACAUUAUUCAAAUAUUUGUAUUGCUUUCUUUCGUUUGAGGGUAAUGUGAUACAUCUUUAAAAACAUUUUGGAUUUCCAACACCUGCCCAAGAAAAUAUGGAGGUCAAUAUCUACAGAACAUACCUUUUUAUUUUACGUUGAGACUCAUUUAAUUAUGAUAAGAGGGUAAGGCAAUCAUUUUGUAAAAGCUAAGGUGUUGGAGGAAGUUUUUAGCUUUAAGAUGAGACGGCAACUUAAUCAGCAGCAUGCAUCUAAUGUAUGUAUGUAUGUGUGCUAAUAAAUAACUUUACAUUAAAUCUUUUGGUAUUGAGACAAUUAUAGAAUAUAAUUCUAAGGAUAGAGCUUAUAAUUAAGAACAUCGCUGUAGUCGUGCGAAAACCUUGUAAGUCAUCUAAAAUAAAGUAUUAAAUAACUGUUCUAAGCUAACACAACUAGUAGCCUACUCGAUAAAGGCCACCUGCAGUGUUUUUAAGAAAAACGUUGCUAAAUUUGAUGAAUUCCCUGUUCUUGGAAAGUGUUUAUUUUGGAGGUACAAGUGUUUGCGCUGGUGACUUAAGUCCGUUCCAGGAAACAGUCAAUCCAGCAGUCCAACAGUCAAACCAGC